AGGGAGCUGAUGACGGACCCAUUAAUCCCUUCUUCAAUGCAUCAAAAGAAGCCGAAGGGCUGGAAGUCGCUGGGCUCGGAGUCCUGCAGGAAAUGCUUCGAUCUGCUUUUGGUUCUGUAUGAAACUGGUGACUAGGGGCUCGGCUCGCUCCGCCGCCGCCCGCCGGCACCUGGAUGCGCGGGCCGCCGCCGCCGCCGCCGCCUUGCCCGCCGCCGCCGCCGCGAUGCACCGCUCGUGGCGGUGCUGGUGAUCGCUCGGGUGUGAUGGGAUUGAGCCGGCGGUGAUCAUUUGAAGGCGGUGAGGGAGAGCGCGGGAGAGGAAGGGCUGCUACGCUCUGCUGUGUGUGGGCUUCGGGAUUUUUUUCUUGCUUUUUUUUUUUUUUUUCUUCUUCUUCUUCUUCUUCUUUUCCUACUUCCAUCCUCUCCCCGCCACUGGAAGUCCUCCCGUAUCUAAAUGGAAUUAGUGGAGACCGAAGCCCCUUGUGUAAGGAACAGACAUGACCCAUGGGCGCAGCUUCUUUCACAUUGUAGCAAGUCUAAUCAUCCUACAUUUGUCUGGGGCCACCAAAAAAGGAACAGAAAAACAAACUACUUCCGAAGGACAGAGACCAGUGCAGUGUGGAACUUGGACAAAAUAUGCAGAAGGAGGCAUCUUCACUUCUCCAAAUUACCCCAACAAGUAUCCUCCGGACAGAGAGUGUGUCUACAUUAUAGAAGCUGCUCCUAGACAAUGCAUUGAACUACACUUUGAUGAAAAAUAUUCCAUAGAGCCUUCUUGGGAGUGUAAAUUUGACCACAUUGAAGUACGAGAUGGACCUUUUGGCUUUUCCCCUAUCCUUGGACGUUUCUGUGGACAGCAAAAUCCACCUAUGAUAAAAUCCAGUGGCAGAUUCCUGUGGAUUAAAUUUUUUGCUGACGCUGAACUGGAAUCUAUUGGGUUUUCUGCUCGGUAUAAUUUCACACCAGAUCCAGAUUUUAAGGACCUUGGCGUUUUGAAGCCAUUGCCAGUUUGUGAGUUUGAGAUGGGAGGACCUGAAGGAAUUGUGGAAUCUGUACAAAUUGUUAAAGAAGGAAAAGCUUCUGAAACUGAAGCAGUAGACUGUAAAUGGUACAUCCGAGCACCACCCCGAUCCAAGAUCUAUUUGCGAUUCUUGGACUACGAGAUGCAGAAUUCCAAUGAAUGCAAAAGGAAUUUUGUAGCAGUCUAUGACGGAAGCAGCUCCGUGGAGGAUUUGAAAGCGAAGUUUUGCAGCACAGUUGCUAAUGAUGUAAUGCUGAGGACAGGUCUGGGUGUAAUCCGCAUGUGGGCAGAUGAAGGCAGUCGAAACAGCCGGUUCCAGAUGCUCUUCACAUCUUUCCAAGAACCCCCUUGUGAAGCCAACACAUUCUUUUGCCACAGUAAUAUGUGUAUAAAUAAUACACUGGUCUGCAAUGGGCUCCAGAACUGUGUGUAUCCCUGGGAUGAAAACCACUGCAAAGAAAAAAGAAAAGCAAACCUAUUGGACCAACUUACCAAUACCAGUGGGACUAUAAUUGGGGUGACUUCUUGCAUUGUGAUCAUCCUCAUUGUUAUCUCUAUUAUAGUACAGAUCAAGCAGCCUCGUAAAAAAUUUGUCCAAAGGAAAACAGACUUUGAUCAAACAGUGUUCCAGGAGGUGUUUGAGCCUCCUCAUUAUGAGUUAUGCACCCUUAGAGGGACAGGGACUACAGCUGACCUUGCUGAUGUUGCAGAUGACUUUGAAAAUUAUCAUAAACUGCGGAGAUCCUCUUCAAAAUGCAUUCAUGACCAUCACUGUGGAUCACAAGUGUCUAGUAUUAAGGGCAGCCGUAGUAACCUCAGCACAAGAGAUGCUUCUGUCUUGACAGAAAUACAACCCCAGCCUGUAAAACCACUUGUUCAGCCCAUGAACAGGAGAAAUAUCCUUGUCAUGAAGCAUAGCUACUCACAAGAUGCUGCAGAUGCGUGCGAGAUAGACGAAAUUGAAGAGGUGCCAACCACAAGUCACAGGCUGUCCAGACAUGAUAAAGCUGUUCAGCGGUUCUGCCUCAUUGGGUCUCUAAGCAAACAUGAGUCUGAGUACAACACAACUAGGGUCUAAGAGAAAAACCUGAGACUGCUUGAGAAUAGUGCGCUCCUGGGUGAUUUUGAACAUGCUACAAUGAAAUGUGAAACUAUCGUCCUUGGAAACACCAGCUAGAGGUUUUAUGGACUCUGACCAGCUAUUCUCUUAUCAUGAAAAAAUUCAGCAGUGUUGAGUAAAAUUACUAGAAGGCAAUAAGACUUUGGUUAUUAUGCUUAUCAGUCAUUUCUCUUUUUCUUUUUCUCUCUUCUUUUUGUUGCAAGUAAAAUUCCCAAUUUCAGGAACAAUUUAUUGAAAUCAGGUAUUUAGCCAUUCAUAAUCACUUCAAUAGAAAUGUUUGUUGGAUAAGCAUCUAGCAAUAUGACUGAAUUUGACAUUGAGAAAUUAAUCUGCAUGUAUGUUACUGAAUAUUUGAGUUGGCAAAAAUCCCUUUAUUAGAUACAUUGUAAAAAGCAUGCAUUCACAGUUAUUGCUGUUACUGUUCCAUUUCUGUGUCAUAUGCUUGCUACUUGUAACUUUUAUAUAAAAAUACAUAAAAAAAUGUAUAAUAAUUUCGUA